UUCUCUUUUUUUUUUUUGGUUUUGUUGUUGCGUUGGUGUUGUGUGUGAAGCCGGCGCCUGAACAGCAGAGGCUAGACGAUGCCAUCGGCUUCCUUCGCGACCAUGCCGAGUUGGUACAGGGUACGCGGAUGGAGGAACGAUUGGACGACGCCAUAAACGUGUUGAGGAAUCACGCGGAGAGCCAAUUGGGCCUUCAUUUAGGUCCCGUUGGCCCACACGGUUCGAUUUACUCGCACACGUCGCCACCUCAACUGGACCACUUGACGAGUCCUCAUCCCGCGGUGACGGUGACGCAACCUCAGGGCUCUUACUCCGGCCUCACGCCCACCCCCGACACAGACGGCUCCAUCAAAAUCGAAAGGUUACCCGUGACGAAUGCCAAAUACGUGUCUUUAGAGAAGAGAAAGGAUCCACCGGACAGCAGCGGUGGCGAGACGAAACCUUCGAGCAGCGAGCUGGCGGCGGCGGGGGUGAUCGGCGCGGCUACGGUGAAUUCUACGUCCCAGGGGAAAGGGACGAAGAGAUCGCGUAGAUAUUGUUCGAGCGCUGACGAAGACUGCGACGAUCCCAGCACCAAAGCGGUGCGCGAAAAGGAACGUCGCCAGGCCAACAACGUGCGUGAAAGGUUAGUGAACACACGCAGUAAGCACUCCCAAAUCUUGUUAUUUUUCCCAAUUCUCUCGAUCUCUUCCUUCCUUCUAUUCGUAUGUAUAUAUAAUAAGGGACCGCGGGUCCUGCACUCUCUCUCUCUCUCUCUCUCUCUCUAUCUCUCUCCUCUCGUGUAAUUUUUUUAUUA